CUUCAUUCAUGUACAAUCGCCAAUCAUUCCACCCACCUGCACCCAUCGACUUGUAUAUGUGAACCAUCCAUCGUUCAUGCCUACUUGAUUGACUUACCGUUCCCAACCAUAAACCCACCAAACAGCAGCUGCACCCCCCCGCUUCCUGUUUAUCAAGAACGUCCAUUCUCUCUUCUUCUCUUUCUUCUUCCUUUCCACAUCUUCCUGAUAUCAAGGGAAGAUAUCCACUGCCCAAGAGACCACCGUCCAGGUCGUCUCUGAUCGCCACAAUUCGCCUCUGACUCAACCCUCCUGCGUCGCAACAUCACCACUCUGGGUUACUCGACCUUCGCGCCACUUCCAAUCGCACUUUGCCAUCCAGCCCAACUCUACGCAAAGCGCUAUCGUUGCUUCUUCUGUUGAAGAAUAUCGUGUGACUUCUUUCACACGAUCCUCCCAACACAACAUCAACUAUGGCCCCAGCAACCGUGUCGGCCCUCGGUAUGGCCCUCAAUGGCAAGUCCGCAUCUGUCGACAUUCCAAAGCCUCGCGAUGCCCUCGGCCGGGACAACUUCACUGUUGCACCGGCAGGCUCCCAAAACCACUCGGGCAUGUUGCCUACUCCUCCCAAUUCCAUCUCGCCGAACCUCCCUCCGCGCAACCACGGUCGCCGCGACAGCCGUCACCAUGGCCCCGUGUCGCCAAAGAGCGCCGCUGUCGAUUCAGACGUCGAUUUCCACGAUGUCGACGAUACCAAUCAACCGACUGCACUGAGUGCUGAGGCUCUAGACAGCUUGGGUGAUCUGGACAGUGCUGGCGCUAUCACCCCCGGCAUGUUGGCCAAGCAUCACUUGCCUGACAUUUUACUCUCCCAUGGUCCCCUGGCCAUCAGACACAUCAUGGGCUAUUUGACCACCACGGUGCCAGGCUUCUCGCGCAUCACCUCGGCCAAAGCACGUCGUCUUGUCGUGGCUGCGCUCGAGGGCAAGGGUGGCAAUAUCGAAAGAGAAGGCGAUGUCAUUUUCGAUAAAGUGGGCUGGGGAAGAUGGGAUGCUCGCAUCAAGGGCCAGCCGCCACGAGAGCGUCAGGGCACUGCCAUGACACCUCCCGGGAGCCUACCCUCAUCCUACUCUCAGCCUGGUUUACAGGUUCCCGGUCAGAGAUCCUGGCGCACGGGUUCCCAAGACCUCGGCACCAGCUACACCGGUAACUCGGCCGUCUUUUCUCACUCGGAGAUGGAAUAUGAGGACCAAGACAUGCUGGAGCAUGAAGCUGAUAAGAUGUCAUUGGACGGCGAUGAAGGCGGUUAUGUAUCGUCUAUCGCCGAGGAACCUCUCGACGAAGAUCUCGGAGAAGGUGACGCUACGGACGAGGAAGACUGGGCCAGUAUUGGCGCCGAAGCACUUCGUGCGAGGUCUUUGCCGAACAAUGCGAGAUCGGUUUCUGGCCCUGGUCGGCUCUAUCAACCUAUCGCGACCUACUCUUAUCGGCCCAGGCAGCGAUCAAAGACUCCAGCUGAGAUUGCUCGUACCGCCCCGACGAAGCCUGUUGCGAUAAACCCUACACCUCCCUAUUCAUUUCCAAACGGCGCCGGCGUUAACAACUCCCAAGAACAAGCUGCGAUUGAAGCUCUUUUGAGUCUUGGUUCUGUGUAAUAUUAUAAUGAUUAAAGGUUCGACGUUUGAACAUGUCGUCGAACCUGGGUCGGAUUGGGCAUGCAUGUGCCGGCAUUCCAGCUUCGACACUUUUCUCGAGGAUGCACGGCACUCAUACCACUCCUUGAAACCCUUUCUGGCGUUCUUGGGAUCCUUUUUUACGACGACACCCCUCUCCACUGAUUAUGACUUAUGACCUUGAGCCGCAUGGGCGACGCUGGCUCGGUUUCGGUGGACUCUUACUGUUUUCUUCUUUUCAACCAUCGGUCGAAGUUGUCAACCAAUUCAACUUCAACUUCGAUCUGGGGCCUUACAAUGGGCACGGCUGGCUCCAACGCCUGUCAUCCCAGGAGACCAUCUUUAUGACAAUAUUUCUUUUGUAAUGCAUGUUUUUUCCGGGGGAAGAUUAUUGCUACAGCAGCAAACCAAUUUGUUCAGAUGAGAGGAAUGAAUGGGCUGAGGCUCAUUGCGCAGAGCCUUGUUGACUGGUCAUCUUCAUUGAUCGUACUAGAGAUCUCGAUCUGCAACUCUGUCAUGUUUACUCAUUGCACGGAGUGAUGAGCUUUAUGCUUAGGAAAAAGGCAUUCUUUGUCUGACACAAAUGAUAAUAGCCCAAGUGGUGGGAUUGGGCGGAGACAAUGGCGCAAAGCAUACUGAAUACCAGUAUAAGGCGUAUUUUACGCUACUACACCUUUCAUUUGUCAUAUGGUGAAGGGGGAUGGAGAGCCGCAAGGUAAAGGUGGUUGAUUAGGGACGUUGUCCUGAUCAAGGCGAGACAUUGUCGCGAGGAGGAAGCAAGACAUCAAGCAAUCAAGGACAAAUGAGGGCAAAAGAUUAUGCAAGGAAGAAAACACCUUGGAGAGACAAGGAGGUGAACCUGAGAUGGCACUGAGGACAAGUGCUUUACCAAGAGGCGUUUCUCUUGUAUAUGUAUUCAUUUGAAAUUGUAUUGGUUGAUUGAGUAACUUUUCUUGAUGUCAAUAGUGAUAUGUUCGAGGGGAGAAUGAUGAUGGUGUUGGUGGUGAUUUUGGCCCUGUGAUAAGUGGUAGUAGGGUGUGAAGGAAGAUCUGAUUGACACUCUCUCUAUUAUACGAGUAUUUUAGAUUGACAAUCAAUUUUCAUCCUUUGAUUCGUGA